CCUGCCAUCCAGCCCUGGUAGUCGAGCACAGAGCGACACUCGCUCCCCUUCUGUUGACGUGGUAACGGUGUCGGUUGUGCGGACGCACGGGACGAGAAGUCGUCAAAGUCGUCAAAGUCUUGCCACUAAAAGCGGGCCGUCAUGCUGGACUUUGCCAUCUUCGCCGUGACGUUCGUGGUGAUGUUGGUGGGCGCCGUGUUGUACCUGUACCCGUCAUCCAGAAGGGCCUCUGGCAUCCCGGGUCUCAACCCAACAGAUGAGAAGGACGGGAACCUGCAGGACAUCGUGACCAGGGGCAGUCUGCACGACUUCCUGGUCGGUCUGCACCAGGAGUUCGGGCCGGUGGCGUCGUUCUGGUUCGGCGGCCGGCCCGUGGUCAGCCUGGGCUCCGUGCGCCAGCUGCGGCAACACAUCAACCCCAACCACACCACGGACUCCUUCGAGACGAUGCUGAAGUCGUUGCUGGGUUACCAGUCGGGAUCGGGAGGCGGGGCCACUGAGACGGUGAUGAGGAAAAAGGUGUACGAGAAUGCCGUCAACGACGCGCUGAGGAGCAACUUCCCCCUCGUGCUCAAGCUCGCGGAGCAGCUGGUCGCGAAGUGGAGGUCGUUCCCAGAGUCCCAGCACACCCCGCUGUGCGCCCACCUGCUGGGUCUGGCCAUGAAGACGGUCACCCAGCUGGCCCUGGGCGAGAGCUUCGGGGACGACGCGAAGGUCCUUUCCUUCCGCAAGAACCACGACGCGAUCUGGUCAGAAAUAGGAAAAGGCUACUUGGACGGCUCGCUGGAGAAGAGCUCGAGCAGAAAGGGGAAUUACGAGAAGGCGCUGUCGGAGAUGGAGUCCAUGCUGCUGUCGGUGCUGAAGGAGAGGAAAGCCCAGAAGAAGCAGACGGCGUUCGUGGACGCUCUGCUCCAGUCGAGCCUCACAGAGCGACAGGUCAUGGAGGACUGCAUGGUUUUCACCUUGGCCGGAUGCGUCAUCGCUGCAAACUUGUGUAUCUGGGCGCUUCACUUCCUGUCCACCUCGGAGGAGGUUCAGGACAAACUGUACAAAGAGCUGGAUGAGGUUUUGGGUUCAGACCCAGUCUCCCUGGACAAGAUCCCUCAGCUCAGGUACUGCCAGCAGGUCCUCAACGAGACGGUGAGGACGGCCAAGCUGACCCCCGUCGCGGCUCGGCUCCAGGGAGUGGAGGGCAAGGUGGAUCAACACGUCAUCCCCAAAGAGACUUUGGUCAUCUACGCUUUGGGGGUAGUUCUGCAAGACUCUGACACCUGGAGCACCCCAUACAGGUUCGACCCGGAUCGAUUCGAGGAGGAAUCGGUGGAGAAGAGCUUCCGUCUGCUCGGCUUCUCGGGGAACCAAACGUGCCCAGAGCUCAGGUUCGCCUACACCGUGGCCACCGUGCUGCUCAGCGCGUUGGUGCGCCGGCUGAAGCUCCACCCGCUGAAGGGACAGGUGGCGGAGGUCCGAUCUCAGCUGGUGUCCACGCCGAAGGACGAAACCUGGCUCACCGUCAGCGGGAGAAGAUGAACUUUACUAAGCAACCGGCGGGGAGAAGAGCUGACGAGUUGGAUUCCCGGAGAACAGUUCAUCUCAAUUAAAGGAAAAACCAGCAACGUAUUUGAUCUCAAUAAGUGUUUUCUUUUUUCAACAUUAUGUUAGAUGACGCUACGUUUGUGUGAUUCUUGAAUGCAUUUUCCAUUCUUAGUUCAUAAUUGUUUGUUCUGCACUGUCCCAGUUGUCUUUUUGCUGCUUUCUACAAACAGAAAUCUGAGGUCUUGAGCUCGUUGUUGGCUCUCUGUAAAAGUGGGGUAACAAAGUGGUUAAACACUUUAGGAUGGAGGGAAAGUGUUUUCUGUAAUUCACAGUGCAGUUGCCUUGAGUCACAUUAAGCAGUGCGCUUGUUUGUUUAUUUAUAUGGCCAAAGUGGCAUUUAGACAUUUACUUCCUUGCAUAUUACGUAUAAUUAAAUAUGUUUGAUGAUUUAAUUUAAUUGGUGUCAUACUUUUCAUUAUACAUGUGUCCUCCCUGGCAAAUGUACAACAUUGUAUAAAGUGGCAGAUAGGAGUGCCACUCCUCAUAAUUACAAUAUCCCAUAACUUAAAACUG